GUAUUCUGAGAGUGUGUUGGGAUAGCAUUCCUCAAUGUGCAACCCAGCAAUUCUAGGAGAGGAAGUGCACGCCCAACUUUUGUUUUCUUUGUAUGUUUUUAACAGUGUUCCGCAACACCACCCUGAUUCGUACCAUUGCUGGCAGUUCCAGCGGUGGCGUUUGUUACCGCAUCCUCCUUGCAACAACAUCAUUCCGCUGUAAAUAAAUAAAACCUGUCCGUCUUUACUGGCGUUUGCAGCCACAAGUCCACGUCUCUAUCUCUCACUUUAACAGUGGAUAACCGCAGCCUUUUACACUUUCCUAAUGCAUGUCAUUUCCUGUUGAAGCUCUGAUGAUGCCAUAGUUGCUGUGAGAGAGGUUCUUGCACUGGACAAAUUCAGGCACCCCAAUAUCAUCCAGGCUACAUUCUAUUGGAGAGAAAAAAAUGACAAGAAACAGACUGUCAUUUUCAUUCAGAUGGAGUACUGUGAACGCAACCUGGCCCAAUGGCUUGCUCUAGACUCAGAACAUAGAAAGAAACUCCAGAUCGUCUCAAAGAUUGCUUCUGCUGUAGCAUAUAUGCAUCAAAACAAUUAUGUGCACCGGGACCUCAAGCCUGAAAACAUAAUGAUUAGCCAAGAGGUGACAAUCCAACUCAUUGACUUUGGACUGGUCAAAAACCUAAGUGAAGAGAACCUCACCCCAAACGUAGGCACUGUUUUGUACAUGGCGCCAGAGCAGAAAGGAGAUGAUUACACAGAAAAGGUGGACAUCUUCGCCAUGGGCCUCAUCGUGUUUGAAAUAUUUUACCCAAUGACAACUGUUGCUGAAAAGAUUGAUGUAUUCAGUGACUUGAAUGCAGGAGUGUUCCCUAAUGGUUUUAAAAGAAAAUUCCCAGACAUUGCAAGCUUGAUUGGUCAGAUGCUGUCCGUGAACCCUUCCCAUCGUCCAGAAGCAGAAAUAAUCGCCCAGGCCUUUAAGAAACUGCAGUGGAAUGACACUAUAAUGGAGAGUUUGUCAACUGAAAAGGCUGGGACACACUUAAAAUGAACUAUUUUUAUAUACCAAGUUAUACUGUAUAAUGUGGCAAUGCCAUCAUUGUUUAUACAUUCGCUGUGUUCUUCUGGUAUUCGAGAAAUUACACAGAGAACAGCAAUUUGCACAACUUGAAUUUUUUUAAUUAAGUGCAAUGAGAGUCAUUGAAAUUUGAAUAUGAUUAUUAUUACCAGUAUUCUUUUGUCUGCACUUUGGAUGAAGAUGAUUGGUUUUAUAACUAAGAACUUACUGUAUUUGAUUUAUACAAUUAAAAGUUAUUGUUAAAUAUGACACUACAAUAUUUUCAUGCUGUGUUUUUUUUUUUUUUGCACUAUUAGACCUUCAUGGGACAGGAGCCAGGCUACCUGUAGAGAUGUUGCCUGACUUCUCGGAGAGCCGCCCACUGUUAGGACCAAGCAAUUGGCAGGACGAGGUCUGUGUCGCGGUGAAGUCACAGCUGUAGAUUAUGAGAGGGCUGAGUCGCGAUGCAGCUAAUUCCAAGGCUGGGUGCUCAGCACCCUCAGGGACAUAGAGUUGAAAACAUAGAAGAGAGGGCCCACCUUUUGCUAAGUCCCAACAUAUAGAAAGGCGGUCCUUGCCCUUUGGGGGACCAGACACACAGGGGAGAUCCCCUGCACAUAAAAUAGAGGCUUGAGAACCUGAAAGGAAGAAAGAAAGUGGACUCUGGCUUGUUGAGGGUUGCCCUCAAUGAGGUGAAUUAUAGACUUACAAAGCUGGGGCUGAGAGGCACCCCCAGAGAACCUGAAACAAGAAGAUUGCCUUGUGUUACGAAGGAAGAGCUCCUUCUGCGAGGGGAGCGAUAGCGCAUGAGUUGCUAAAAAGGCUGGGUUUGGCCGGGGGUCCCAUCUGACUCACUGAGAGAACCUCCCUUGUGUAGGUAAAGGAAGUGUAGCUUGCACAAAGGUUCAGAAAGUGCGACUCACGAAACUCCCCCAGAGGACAUUGAUGCAAAGGCAGUUAUAGAAGAGGAGGAAACAAAAAAAUGUAAGAUGGAAGUAUAGAGUGUGAUAUAAUGCUUAAAUAGGAAGUAGAUUUUAUUGAUGAUAGGAGAUCAAAGGGUAUGGAGGAGUCUAGCUUCCGCCCCCCGAACCACACUUAAUCAGUUAACAUUUAUAAGGAAAAGCAAACAAAUUAAAUAAAAGGUUGUCUGAGACUCCUGCUGCACAGCAGUGUGAUCCAGUCCUGGUUUCACUAGGAGUUUAAUAAUAAGACACACCUGAGCAAGAGAUCUAACCAAAGGGACCACAUAUCCAAAUUUUCAUGCAAAUCCACUGAACGGGGUCAAACUUAUUAAAGUACAAAAACUGGAUUUGAGAAUAAAGGCUUUUCAAAAGUCUCUCUCUCUCUCUCUCUCUCUCUCUCUCUCU